UGAUAACGCUAACUAACUGAUUUACUAGGAACGAGCACGGUGGCGUAUGAGUGACGUUUAAAAUAAUUGUAAAAUUUGCAUUACGAGUGAGCAGGGCGCUUAUAACUGUAUAUUUGCGUAUAUACUUAAGCAAGUGUUUGUGUUUUUAAUAAGAAUUUUAAAACCUUAUUGUUUAAAAAAGCUAAAAAUCAGUUAAAAAAAAAUAAUAUUCCUUUAAAGUGCAUACACAAAUCGACAUUUUAAAUUUAAAAUAGUGCUUCAGCAAAGCUAAAUAUGCUAUCAGCAGUGAUAACAAUACCUUUAUCGAACAAAGCACUAACAAGAAUAACAACAGUUGAAACAUGAAUUUCACAGGAUUAGCAAUGAAUCUAAGCUCUAAUUUAACAACAAAUCAAACUAUAAACAACAACAACGAACUACAUAAUAACAUAACUUCUACCAACACCACUUACUAUUACGCAAAUCAUAGCAACAACCACAAAAUGUUAGAGGUACAAAAUAUUACAACGGCAUUACUAAAUGCCACCACACAAAGUCUCACCAAACCUGAUUUCGAACAAUACGAGGAAAUCGAUGAAUUAUCACCCGAACUACGCAAAUUCGUGCAAAUUGUUGUACCCUUUUGUUUUGGCAUAUUCGCAUUGUCGGGCUUCUUCGGCAAUACGCUCGUCAUACUCGUCGUACUCUUCAAUCAACAAAUGCAUUCCACUACAAAUCUGUUGAUUGUCAAUUUAGCUGUUGCCGAUCUGCUCUUCGUCGUUUUCUGCAUACCAUUCACCGCAACCGAUUAUAUAACCGAGUAUUGGCCCUUCGGUGAUAUGUGGUGUCGAACGGUGCAAUAUUUGAUUGUUGUUACUGCAUUCGCAAGCAUUUACACGUUGGUGUUGAUGUCGGUCGAUCGGUUUUUAGCCGUCGUACAUCCGAUACGUUCACGACAAUUGCGCACCGAGAAGGUGACGAAGAUUGCAAUUGUAACACUGUGGGUGAUCAUUUUGACAAUAUCAUUUCCGGUGCCGUUGGUUCAUGGCUUAACG